AAUUGUGGGUAUAACAUAAGUUGAAAAUGGCUGCGCCUACGUGCAAAAUGGUUGCUCGUCCUUUAAGGAAAUUUUUAACGUGUAUUUCAGAAACAUACUUGCGGAAUAAUGUCCAUCGUAGGCUGUCACUCACAGUCCCACUCUCCAGCGUUUUAGAAGCUAAAAAGACUGAAAUAAACGCUGUAUCUCCGUGGACGCUACACGGGGCAGUUUGUCUGCAAAGACUGCCUAAAAUAUCACAGGAGCGGAGCCCGUUUGAAGAACAGUUUGCUGAAUUAAUGAGUCGGAUGGAAUUAGAGAGGAGCCUUCUGUCGGAGCACGAGUUGCGCCUGCUGGAAGAUGUGGAGCGGAUGAGCCGUAAGCAGUCGGAUGAUUAUGACUCUGAUGACGAGUGCUUGGUCGACCAAGACAUUAUUACGGCUCAGGAUAUGGAAGACGCCUGGGAGCAGAAGUUUCAUCGGUUCCAUCCUGCGCCAAGGCACAAAGAACCAGCUGAUAUGGACAGGAGCUCUGUGGACCGUUGCCUGGGAGACAGUCUGGUCCUGUUGGCGAAGCAGCAGGUUGGCAGUGAGGAUUUGUGGCUGCUGCCACAGCUACAGUGGAAUGCUGGGGAGACCCUCCGCCGGACAGCCGAGCGAGCUCUUGCCAGCCUGCCAGGUGCAGAUUUUAAGGCGGCAUUCCUCGGCAACACACCCUGCGGAGUCUUCAAGUAUAAAUUCCCCAAGGCCACCCGAACGGAGAGCUCUGUCGGAGCCAAGGUAUUUUUCUUCAAAGCUUUGCUGUCCAGCCACAGUCCUUCACCAACUAAAAAAGGGGCCUUUGUGUGGGUGAAAAAGAGCGAACUGCCGAAUUACCUCAAGCCUCGGUACCUAAAACAGGUGAAUCGCUUUGUCAUGAAUAUUUAAGACACUGGAGUGCAGAAGGAAGGAACUGUGUCUGCCCAAAGGCAGAACGAAGAUCCAAAGCACCAUUUCUGCACUUUGAGUACUCUUGGCAUCAUCAUCUUUUCCUUUCACAAUCCCAGCACCAGUUCUACGAACACGCUGAAAUAAAGUAUCACUGUUUUCAAA